CUGGUUCGCGUGGAGGCUGCCCGGCAGAGCCCUCUGAGCGCCCCGCCCGCCCCGAAGAUGAAUAAGGCGGCCACGGAGGUCUCCGAGAACAGCCACCACCUGAAGGUUUUCCUGCCCAAGAAGCUGGUGGAGAGCGUGCCCAAGUGCCCGGCCCUGCCCAAGGAGCGCCUGCGCUGGAACACCAACGAGGAGAUCGCUUCGUACCUGAUCACCUUUGAGAAACAUGAGGAAUGGCUCUCGGGCUCCCCCAAGACCAGACCCCAGAACGGCUCCCUCAUCCUGUACAACCGCAAGAAGGUGAAAUACCGGAAGGACGGCUACUGCUGGAAGAAGAGGAAGGACGGCAAGACCACGCGGGAGGACCACAUGAAGCUGAAAGUCAAAGGGGUGGAGUGUCUCUACGGCUGCUACGUCCAUUCGUCCAUCGUCCCGACAUUCCACCGGCGCUGCUAUUGGCUCCUGCAGAACCCGGAUAUCGUCCUGGUCCACUACCUGAACGUCCCGGCCAUUGAGGACUGUGGGAAGAUCUGCAGCCCCAUCCUGUGCUCCAUCAACAGUGACCGGAAGGAGUGGCUGAAGUGGUCGAAGGAGGACCUGGUCGGCCAGCUGAAGCCCAUGUGUAAGGAGGGACGGGGUGGGACGGGCACAGCGACAACGGCGGGAGCCCUUCGACUCACGGGUCGCUUCCACGAGGGCCCCACACUCCCGUCUCUAAGUGAUUCCAGGGCCGCCUCCGACUCCUUUGAGGAGCGCAUCGUGGCCGUCUGUGAGAAGAUGAUGCUCUCGCAGUCGUGGCUUCGCUCGGAGACCCUUGUGCACCACGUCAGCUUCCGAGGGAUGACCCUUCUGCACCUGGCGGCCGCCCAAGGCUACACCCGCCUCAUCGAGACCCUCAUCAAGUGGCGGAGUCUCAACGCCCAGAAUCUGGACUUGGAGCAAGAGGUGGAUCCCCUCAACGUGGAUCACUUCUCCUGCACCCCCUUGAUGUGGGCCUGCGCCCUCGGCCACUUGGAGGCAGCCCAGCUGCUCUACCGGUGGAACAGCCAAGCUCUGGCCAUCCCCGACUCUUUGGGCCGCCUGCCACUCACCGUGGCUCGUUCGCGGGGCCACGUCAAGCUGGCCACCUGCCUGGAAGAACUGCAGCACCAGGACGAGGCCCUCCCCGAACAUCUAGAGCCCUCGGCGGAUGUACCCGGGUCGGCCGGCAAGGCCUGCGUCGUCGGCCUCCAGCACCCCACGGAGGGGCUGCAUGUCCCCUCCCCGCUCUCGGCCAGCCCAGACACAGGGCUCAGCACAGCCAGCGGGGUCUCCUCCCCCUCGGAGCGCUCGGAAGGCUCCCUCUCCGUCACCUCGGCCUAUUCUAGCGGGUCAGCCCUCCGGGAGUCGCCGGCCUACAGCCCCGAAGCCGAGGGAGCCAUGGACGUCUGCCAGGGCCUGCCCCCUGGCAGCUUGGAGGGCUGGUACUUGCCGGAAGCCACCAGCCCUCCUGGCCUCCCGCCUGCCUCCUUCUUCCUCAACUAUGGCGAGGGGGCCACCAUGGGACCCCUGAGGGGCCCCGAAGCUCAGCUGGAGCCGGAGUUGCUGGCCUACGGGGAAAACGCCGAGAACGAGGAGCAGCUGCCGGAGACGGACGUCCUGCAGGUGGACGUGAUGACGCUGGCCAAGCAGAUCAUCGAGGCCACGCCGGAGCGCAUCAAGCAGGAGGAUUUUGGCUGUGCCGAGGCGCCUCUCCGCGAGCGGCCCAGCAACAUGGGCCUGAACGAGACCAUGUCCUGGCUGGCCAGCUACCUGGAGAACGUGGACCAGCUACCCAGCCUGCCCCAACGCCGAGGUUUGGCCCCCUCGCCCCCCGGGCGCUCCUGCCUCAGCCCCCUGCAGUCCCCCCUGGCGGAGCUGUCCCUCGAGCGCCUCCCUCCGCCUCCCACCGCUGCCAGCUGGGCCGAGUUCCUCAACGCCUCGGGGAACGGGAAGAUGGAGAGCGACUUUGCCCUGCUGACCCUCUCCGACCACGAGCAGCGGGAGCUCUACGAGGCCGCCCGAAUCAUCCAGACGGCCUUCCGGAAGUACAAGGGCCGUCGGCUGAAGGAGCAGCAGGAGUUGGCGGCGGCUGUUAUCCAGCGGUGCUACCGGAAGUACAAGCAGCUGACCUGGAUUGCCCUGAAGUACGCCCUCUACAAGAAGAUGACGCAGGCGGCCAUCCUGAUCCAGAGCAAGUUCCGCAGCUACUACGAGCAGAAGAAGUUCCGGCAGAGCCGCCGGGCCGCCGUGCUGAUCCAGCAGUACUACCGCAGCUACAAGGAGUACGAGCGGCUCAAGCAGGGACACCGCACAUCGGCCGCCAUGCAGCAGAAGAUGAA